ACAGACAUUAUUUUUUGAACCACUAUUGCACUUAAAUUGAAUCUUUCUUGCUCCUUUCAAGCAUUCAAAUUUCAGUGGGACUUCACAUUCUAUUAGAAAUGAAACUUUUAGUUCUGUUGAUCUGCAUUUCUUCUAUAUUGAAAGGAACUGUUGCAUUAGAAUUUGGUGAAGUAAGCUCAAGAAUUUCAAGACCAAUUUAUUCUCCUGAUGACUUUUUGGAACUAUUCAAAUAUUCUUCGGGCUUCGCCUGGGAUCACUACCCGAGCUUUGAUGAAAUCAAUGACUUCAUUGAUUACUUGGGUGAAACUUAUUCAGACUUUGUAACUGUCUAUUUGGCUGGCUGUUCAGGUGAGGGGCGACCAAUAAAAGUUGUUCAUGUAAAGUCUGGAAAUUGCAGUGCCAAUCGAAUUUGGAUUGAUGGAGGAAUCCAUGGCAGAGAAUGGGUGACACCUUCAGCUGUGCUGUUAAUACUCUUCCAACUCGUGGAGAGAAGAGAGUCUAAUAGUGAGACAAUUCGAGGGGUGGAUUUCUUCGUCUGCCCCAUUAUAAAUCCGGAUGGCUACGAGUACUCCAGAGAGUUCUCCAACUAUUGGAGGAAAAAUAGGCGAAAGACGGAGACCGGCUGUGUGGGUGUUGAUCUGAAUAGGAACUGGAUCUAUCAGCCGGAACACAGAAACACCAGCGGAGAGUCGUGCCAGGAAUUAUAUCCAGGCCCUCGCCCCUUCUCAGAACCAGAGACUCAAGCGAUUAAAACAUUUCUGGAUCAGAAUCGAGUGAACUUCAAAGCAUUUUUGACUUUCCACACCUACGGCCAGAUGAUAAUGUAUCCUUAUGGGUACAAGGCUGAACUGCCAGAAGACCACGAUGACUUGCAACGUCUUGCAACCCACAUUGUUCAGAAUAUCUCGUACCAUGGAGGGCCUCAAUACAAAGUUGUGAAUACCUAUAAUCACUCAGGAUUCUCAGUAGGUGGUUUGGAUGACUAUGCCAAAGAAGUUCUUGGAAUAAAAUACACGUACACUGUGGAGUUGAGAGAUACUGGAACUUACAUCUUCUUCCUUCCACGGAGACUCAUCCUGCCCACUUCGAUUGAUGCGCUGGUUGUUGCAAUGACAGUCGCCGAGCAAGUUUCUCCAAUGUGAUUCACAUCAUCAUUACAACACCUUACAACUCAACAAUGCUUGCUACUGCUUGAGCCAAUAUUCCCAAAUAGAUAAAUCAAUAUUUUCCAGUUUUCAUUGAUAAUUUUGUACAAUCAUUAUAUUUUUUAAUAACUGAAUUCAUCUUAAAGUAAAUUUAGAAUUGCAGUUUUUAAUUUGUUCAAACUGCAAAUUGGACGCAAAAUUAAGUAAAUCACAUAUUAAAAAUCAUCCCGUUUCUAUCAAAUAGUUUUGAUAAAGACGAGUUUGGGCCUCUUCUUCCUUUCCCAAUUAUUUUCUUGAUUUGUGCUUAUUAAAUGUAUGAAUAAAUUAACUUCACUCCAUUAUUUCUUGCUCAAGUUUCUCAUUUUUCCGUCUGCCACGAAUGAAUGUGCUGGUGGUAGUUUUUCCCUAGUGUAUAUUUAUGGCAUGAGUCAAAUAAUAAGGUUCAGAUUAAAAGUAGCACAUCUGUGGCGGUUGAUGAAUUCAUUAUAAUAAUAUUAGAAGUAAGUAAGUAAUUAAAUAAUAAUUAUUAUUCUAGAAGUAAGUUUGAGUUUAUUUUCAAGCGUUAAAAUGUUCAAUUAUUAAUACAGUAUUUUUCAGUUAUCAGUGAUGAUUUAGUGAAGUAUUCUUAUUUAAUUUGGUUUUCAACUUUUCUAAAUUCAUAGUCUAUGAAUAUUUUGGACUCAAAAUUGGACGAAAAUCAUGAAGUGUAAACAUAACCUAUUGUAGGACAAUUUCCAUCUAAAUUUUGGAAAGGAACAGUUUUGCGCUUGAAGCCUGUUGAACCUUCCCCAAUCAUCCAUUGUUGAUAAUGAUAUUGUAUGUAUAAAUAAAAAAUCUGGUGUGGUGCACUCACACAACUUUCCUUGCCGUUAUGAAAA